AAGGGAUGAAUCCACUCCUCAACAGACUCUUCUCACACGGCAACAAGACGCUCACUGGUAUCGCCAAACACUACUACUGGCCCCACAUGGCAGAUGACGUACAGAAAUUCAUCACCUCGUGCACUACAUGUCAGAGGAUGAAGAGCAGCAAGCAAAAAAAGGCGGGUCUGCUACAUCCUCUUCCUGUCCCAGAACAGCCAUGGCAAGUGGUAAGCCUAGACUUCAUCACCGGGCUACUAACUACCACAAGCGGUCAUGACGCAAUCCUCGUCGUCAUUGACAAGUUCUCCAAAAUGGGACACUUCAUCCCGACACACACCACAGCACGCACCGAGGAGACAGCACGACUCUUUGUUCGCUACAUCAUUUCACAACAUGGUAUUUCGACCACACUCAUCUCCGACCGAGACCCUAAGUUCACCAGUAUAUUCUGGAAAGAACUGAUGUCUCUGCUCGGGACCAAACUCGCCAUGUCAUCCGCCUACCAUCCGCAGACAGAUGGACAGACCGAGCGCCUCAACCAAAUUGUGGAGCAACUCCUCCGUGCAGCCUGCAAGAACGACAUCUCCAAAUGGGACUUGCAUCUGCCCAUCCUGGAGUUUGCCUACAACAAUGCUACUCACGCCGCUACUGGACAGACGCCGUUCUUCCUCUGUUACGGACGCCACUCACUCACACCUCAACAGCCAACCAUCCCAGCCACAAUCGAGUAUCUCCUAGCCAAAGGACUCAUCGGGCCAUCCACUUCGCCAUACGAUGCCCCAGUACUCUUCACACCGGAACCGGACGGAAGCCUGCGCAUGUGCAUCGACUACCGAGCUCUUAAUAAGCAGACCAUCAAAAGCGCCAGGCCGAUCGCCAUCGCAAUGACCACACCAUCACGCUUCUGAAGCCCUACCAGGAUCCAAAC